AUAGAAUUGGCAUAAGCAUUGCUUCCUAAAAACAAGUUUUUAGAGGGGCAGAAAUGGCGACAAGGUUAAAUGAGGUAACAGUAGAAACUUUUUGAGCUCAAUCAUCGGUGACCAUGUUUAUGGCAGCAAUGAUACAAACGCGAAACAAGCUACUGAAUCAUAAUCCAAAUCCUACUUUCGGUUUCACCACAGUUGCAGCUUCUAUUCUUCACUCUUUCUCAAAUCACUCUGUUUUUCCCUCCAUCGCUAGAACAAAUAACAUAUCUUUUCCUCCAACCCAAGAACCAGUAUUUCAAUUCAAAGACUCCACUUAUCCCUUGAAUAGCAAUACAAAACAUUUGGGAGCCGCUGUUUUGCUGGAAAAGUCAGUCUAUUCUGUUCCUAUAGUUUCAGAUAAGUGCGAGUUUCUAGUGCAAAAAUAUCUUCUUUCUUUUUCUGAAAACGAUGCCCAAAGACUCCAUUUGGAUAUUAUUAAAUAUGGGGUUGUUAAAGAUUUGUACUUGUGCAACACCCUUAUUAAUUUGUAUGUAAAAAAUGCUGAUUUGAUCUCUGCUCAUGAUGUGUUCGAUGAAAUGCCGAACAGAAAUCUAGUUACGUGGGCGUGUUUGAUUACGGGUUAUUCACAAAAUGGAAUGCCUGAUGAGGCAUGUGGAGUUUUCCAAGAAAUGGUUUCGUCCGGGUUUAUUCCUAAUCAUUAUGCUUGUGGUAGUGCUUUGAGGUCUUGUCAGGGUUUAGGUGCUUGUGGGUUGAGGUUGGGGAUGCAAAUUCAUGGUUUGCUUUUGAAAACAGGGCAUGCUUCUAAUGAAGUUGUUUCCAAUGUCUUGAUCUCGAUGUACGGAAGUUGUGCAGGUCAUGGUGAUUAUGCUUGGCGUGUUUUUGAAGAGAUAAAGAAUAAGAAUUCUGUAUCAUGCAAUUCUAUUAUUUCAGUUUACUCUCAGCGAGACACAGUUUCUGCCUUUGAGCUCUUCUCUUUUAUGCAAAAAGAGGAUUUGGGGUUUACUUUUAAACCAACUGAGUUCACUUUUGGCAGCUUAAUUACUACUGCUGCUAAUCAUGUUAAUUGUGGUUUGCUUUUACUGGAGCAGCUUCUGGCAAACAUUGAAAAGUCUGGACUCUUGGAAGACUUGUAUGUUGGCAGUGCUCUGCUCAGUGGUUUUGGAAGGCUUGGGUCUCUCGAUACAGCGUUGAAGGUUUUUAAACAGAUGGGUGCAAGGAAUGCAGUGUCCUUGAACGGGCUCAUGGUCGGAUUGGUGAGACUUGGUCAGGGAGAAGACGCAGCUAAGGUUUUCAUGGAGAUAAGAGACUUAGUUAAAAUCAAUCCUGAUUCCUUUGUGGUUCUUUUCAGUGCAUUUUCUGAAUUCUCUUCGUUGGAAGAAGGGGAAAUAAGAGGCAGAGAGCUACAUGCAUAUGUUAUUCGAACUGGUCUGUGCAACUCCAAGGCUGCUAUUGGAAAUGCUCUGAUUAAUAUGUAUUCUAAAUUUGGUGAAAUCCAAAUUGCCCAUUCUGUUUUCCAGCUCAUGGUUAAUAAGGAUUCAGUAUCAUGGAACUCUAUGAUCUCUGCUCUAGAUCAAAAUGAUUGUUUUGAAGAUGCAAUAUUAACCUUCCAAUCUAUGAGGAGAAUAGGUCUGAUGGCUUCAAACUACUCACUGAUAAGUGGUUUAAGUUCUUGUGAAAGCCUGAAUUGGAUAAGAUUGGGGGAACAAUUGCACAGUGAAGGGAUAAAGUUAGGACUUGAUGUUGAUGUUUCAGUGUCUAAUACUCUUCUUGCUUUAUAUGCUGAUACUGGAUGUGUGACUGAAUGCAAGAAAUUGUUUACCUUGAUGCCAGAACAUGAUCUAGUUUCAUGGAAUACCAUUAUCGGUGCAUUAGGUGAUUCUGAGACGUCUAUUUCUGAAGCCAUAGAGUACUUCAGACAGAUGAUGUGUGCUGGAUGGAGUCCUAACAAUGUGACAUUUAUAAAUGUCCUUUCAGCAAUAUCAUCUCUUUCUCUUCUUGGUCUUGUUCGUCAAAUCCAUGCUCUGGUGCUAAAAUAUAGUGCAAUGGAUGCUAAGUCUAUUGAAAACACAUUUCUUGCUUGUUAUGGUAAGUGUGGGGAAAUGGAUGACUGUGAGAACAUAUUUUCUGAGAUGUCUGACAGGAAGGAUGAUGUGAGUUGGAAUUUAAUGAUCUCUGGAUAUUUACACAAUGAGAUCUUACCAAAAGCCAUGGACUUAGUCUGGCUUAUGCUGCACAAGGGACAGAAAUUAGAUGGCUUCACAUUUGCCUCUGUUCUCAGUGCAUGUGCCUCAAUCGCAACAUUGGAGCAUGGCAUGGAAGUUCAUGCUUGUGCAAUUAGAGCCUGUUUGGAAUCUGACAUUGUUGUUGGGAGUGCUCUUGUUGACAUGUAUGCCAAAUGUGGAAGAAUAGAUUAUGCUUCAAGGUUUUUUGAUUUAAUGCCUGCACGUAAUAUAUAUUCAUGGAACUCAAUGAUAUCUGGUUAUGCACGGCAUGGACACGGACAUAAAGCACUAGAGCUUUUUACAAAAAUGAAGAUGGAUGGUCAAACACCUGACCAUGUCACAUUUGUUGGUGUCUUAUCAGCUUGUAGCCACGUGGGAUUUGUCGGGCAGGGCAUGGACUACUUUGAUUCCAUGAGCAAACAAUAUGGACUGACACCUCGGAUUGAACAUUUCUCAUGCAUGGUUGAUAUCCUGGGACGAGCAGGGCAGAUGAAUAAAUUGGAGGACUUCAUCAAUAAAAUGCCAUUAAAGCCCAAUGCACUUAUCUGGAGGACUGUGCUUGGAGCCUGUGGUCGAGCAAGCAGUCGUAAAACAGAUCUAGGUAGGAAGGCUGCUCACAUGCUCUUGGAGUUGGAACCUCAUAAUGCUGUGAAUUAUGUGCUUCUUGCAAAUAUGUAUGCUUCAGGAGGGAAGUGGGAGGAUGUGGCAGAGGCUCGGCGUGCAAUGCGAGAAGCAACAGUUAGGAAAGAAGCUGGAUGCAGCUGGGUUAGCAUGAGAGAUGGUGUUCAUGUUUUUGUAGCUGGUGAUCAAUCACAUCCAGAUAAACAUGCAAUUUAUGAAAAACUUAAGGAACUGCACAAGAGGAUUAGGGAUGCAGGGUAUGCACCACAGAUUAAAUAUGCAUUGUAUGAUCUUGAACUGGAGAAUAAGGAAGAACUCCUCAGCUAUCAUAGUGAAAGACUUGCAGUUGCUUUUGUUCUUACACGGAAAUCAGAUAUGCCAAUCAGAAUAAUGAAAAACCUUCGAGUUUGUGGGGACUGUCACUCUGCCUUCAGGUACAUUUCACAGGUUGUUGGUAGACAAAUAGUAUUACGAGACUCCAACAGAUUUCAUCAUUUUGCUGAUGGAAAGUGUUCAUGUAACGAUUACUGGUGAUAGAUCAAAUGUUUUCUAACUUAAAGAAAGGGAUGCUACUUAAUGGGGCAAUAACAGACGAAGCAAUAGAAAAGGUUCAAGCAUGUCAUGUCUGAAGUAAAGGAGAGAGGCAGUUUGCAAGGGUGUUGCAUCAAUUAUUCUGGUGAGGACCUCAACAUUAUUUAGUCAAGUGUGCCAUAAUCUUGGUGUGGUUUGAAUUACUUGCCAUAUUUCUUUAACGUUUUAUGACAUGAAUCAGCUAGAAUGACAGCUAAUGACACCAUCAAUUAAAAGGAGUAUGGCAAAUGUAAGGAGAGUUGAGAAUAGCAAACCCUAUGUAAGCAUGUAUCCAAGUUGUUGGCAGACAAAUAGUAUUAUGAGACUCCUGCAGAUUUCAUCAUUUUGUGCACUUGCUUAGUGGUCAAUGAAGUUGGAAGGGACCAUGGGAAACCGGGGUUCAGAACUUCAAAUCCCUGCGGAGGCGAAAGAUUGUUAGAUGAUUUCUUCCCAUCUGUCUAAGCUUGGGAACAAAGUUACCCAUGUACACGUAUUGGUGAGAAGCAGCAGGUACCAAGUGAAUUAGUCGAGAUGUGCACAAGCUGGCCCAUACAUCACCACCAACACCUAAUAUGCCUCAGUCCCAAACAAGUUGGUGCUGGCACCACCAUUGUUGAAAAAAUAGAUUUUUGCUGAUGGGAGUGUUCUUGUGAUAAUUAUUGGUGAUUGAUCAAAUUCUGUCUAACUUAGAGAAAGGAGUGUUGCUUAAUGGGGAAUUUCAAAACAGACGAAGUAAUGGGAAGAGUUCAGCAUGUCAAUGAAGCAUGGGAAGGG